UCAAGACCACCUUCAUCAAGCCCUUCCAGUAUUAUUCGCCGGACUUCCUCAUUGGAUACGCUUGCUGCUCCAUACCUUGCUGGACAGUGGCCUCGUGAUAAUCAUGGACAAGCUGCUCCAUGUAUGAGAGACAAAGCCACACAGACAGAAAGUGCCUGGGCUGAAGAAUAUUUAGAAAAGAAGAGAAGCUCACACAAACGUUCAGCGUCAUGGGGCAGCAAUGAUCAACUCAAGGAGAUUGCAAAAUUGCGUCAACAAUUGCAGAGAAGCAAACAUAGCAGUAGGCAUCAUCGCGAUAAAGAAAGACAGUCUCCAUUUCAUGGUAACCAUGCAGCCAUUAACCAUAGUCAGGCUCCCAUCCCAAAGAGUGCUCUUGUUCCUGUGAUACCUAUUACCAAAUCAACAGGAUCACGAUUCCGAAACAGUGUAGAAGGACUGAAUCAGGAGAUUGAGAUAAUAAUUAAGGAGACGGGAGACAAAGAGGAACAGCUUGUUCCUCAAGAUAUUCCAGAUGGGCACCGUGCACCACCUCCGUUGGUUCAGCGUAGUAGUAGUACUCGCAGCAUUGAUACCCAAACACCUGGUGGAGCAGACAGGGGUAGUAACAACAGCAGCCGCUCCCAGUCAGUAUCUCCAACCUCAUUUCUUACCAUCUCUAACGAAGGCAGUGAAGAAAGUCCAUGUUCCACAGAUGAUCUUCUUGCUGAUUCCAGAGAUAAAGAGAAUGGGAAUAAUUCUCCCUUGCCAAAAUAUGCUACCUCACCAAAACCCAACAACAGCUACAUGUUCAAGCGUGAACCUCCAGAGGGCUGUGAAAAGGUGAAAGUCUUUGAGGAAAGCUUGCCAAAGCCAUUGCAUGAAAUUCCAGCCUUCUACUGCCCUGACAAGAACAAAGUGAAUUUCAUUCCCAAAAGUGGCUCUGCUUUCUGUCUUGUCAGCAUCCUCAAGCCACUUCUUCCCACACAGGAUCUCACACUUAAGGGCACUACACACAGCCUGACUGUUUCCUCCGGCGUGACGCCCAGUUUGUUACAGCCCAUUUCUAUGGCCUUGUCUACAAACACAGAUCAAGACAGGAUCUCUCGUGGAACAAGUACAGUAAUACCACAGACCUCUAUACUCCAGCAGUCGGGACAUAUUGAGGAAGCUGAAGGAUAGAUUUAGAUUGUCUUGACAUUUUUCUGGGCAACUACUGGGAAAAAAUUAGAACCAGUUGACUGGACCUUUCUGAUCACACUAUUUGCAUUGUUUUAACAAGUUAUGGCACUGUCAUAACUGAACUGUUUGUAUAAUUGACAGUUUGGUAACACAUUGAGAAGUUCAGGAGGAUGCAGCAGCUGACAGUCCGUUGCACUUUCUGCUUAUGAAGACUCCGUUUCUGUUUCUCCUGC